GCUGCCGUUACAGCUUUUGAACACCUCAACAUAGCAGGUCAGCUGUGGAGAGGGGCAUUAAAAGACUGGCACUCUGCCUGCCACAACCAGUUGAGGUAGCACCUAUAUUUACCAAGCAUGCCAGUGUUCAAAGUUACACUGAUGGAAGUUGUAAAGCAGAAGAAGUAGGCUAUGCAAGGGAACAACUUAACUACUACGACUGAACUACUUAAUGAAAUGCGAGGAGGAUAGUCUGGGGAGAAGUGAGCUGGCAGAUGCAACACAAUAUCAAGCCACUUGUCUGGAGGAAUUCAAGUUGCCUUCUGUUGGGACACUUCCACCGUGGGAAUCCAAGAAAUGAAAACCAUCUCAGUGCACUGAUACGGUGUUGCCGCAGCAACGCCACAGUGGAGACAUGCCAAUUUUCUUUUUUCAACACAAAUGACUGACGAGAAAGUAGGCUGCUGUUUUCAUUUUUUCUCCCUCAGUACAUCACAGGAGCUUGGUGACAAGGGGUCAUCUCUGUGAAUCAUCUUCCUCUUCAUCGUCUGCUGAGGACUGCUUAACUUUCACCUGGAGAGAUUUCAGCCCACGUGUGUUGAUGGUUUUGGAUUUUUGUUGCGGAGUCAAAAGCUCGUAAACUUCAACGUCAUCUUUAGGAAGCCAUUAUGAAAUGGGAGAAGUUGAAACCUCCAGAACCAGAUGACCCUAUGUGCUGCUGUGAGUGUGAUAUUGACCAGUACGGAUGUUGCUGUGACUGUGAAGAUUUGGACGAAACCUUCAGCAGGUGGCUGAAAGACAGACCAGGUAAAGGUGGAUGUCAGUCUCCUGUACUUGGGGCCAUAAUUGACAACCUGGAGAUCUCCAUGAUUCCGGCCCUGGUGCUGCUACCCGUCCUGCUGCGGGUUGCAGCCCUGCACUACCUGCUGGGUAUCAUCAUCCUGACAGCUCUGCCCGGCCUGGUGCUGUGGUACUACUACGCCACGCAUAAAAAGAAGAGACGGACCCUCUUCUUCCUCACUCUUGCUCUCUUCUCCCUGUUCUACAUGUAUUACCUCUUCAUCACAGAGAUUUUACCUCGUGGGGACAUCAGCCAGCUGCAGCUGUGUACUGUGACCGCUGGAAUGAUCGUCACUAUCGUCUCUCUUAUUCACACCAAGAGAGGCCCGGGAUUUGUGACCUCUUCCCUACAUGAGGCAGACAGUCACAGUCAGGAGGCUAACAAAGACUCUACACACCUUAAUGGAUCUAUCCAAUCAGCAGCCUCCUCAGGGACUGCAGCAGAGUUGCAGACAACAAAAGAGGCCCUGGCAGCAAAAUGGAGCAGGUGUCCUCUGUGCAAAAUAAUGCGACCCCCGCGGGCCGGACACUGUCGAACCUGUGGAUCCUGUGUACAGCGCCUGGACCACCACUGUGUCUGGAUAAACAGCUGUGUCGGACAGGCAAACCAUCGCAGUUUCCUGUUCACCGUCACAGUGUUCGUGUUGACCUCUGUGUAUGGGAUCAGUUUGGUGCUAUGCAGCCUCUGUCCUCGACAGUAUCUGAUGACGGCUCUCCUCUACUGCCCUGGCGCUUACAGUCAGUCCAGCAUGGCACUUUGCUUCACUUGUGCCUGGUACAGCAGCAUUGUCACAGGUGGACUGCUUUACCUGCUAGUGGCACAGGUUCUAAACAUCAGCUUCAAUGUGACGGAGCGGGAGGCUCAGCUGGCUCUAAGGAACAAAACGGGCCAGAGACGCCUGUGGGGGCUCGUCAUCGACACAGGAGAGUAUUCACGUGGCUUCUAUCAGAACUGGGUUGAGUUCCUCACCAUGGCAGAUGCCUCCGUUUCUUCUCGCUCCAGCUUCACUGACUUGGUCUAGUUUCACUUUGUCCACUCUGGUAACGUCAUGGUAACAGACUGUUAAUACAGCCCUGUGUGAAGAAUUACAUCUCAUGUAUGUCUUAGGAUAUAGCAGCUGAUGUCUUCCGAUGCUUACUGCAUUCCAGCCUUUUAAUACAAUGCAUUGAAACCCAUUUUAAGUGUAAAAUAAGUUGCAGAGGAAUAUCAAAGUGCUAAUGCUGACUGCUUAAAAUGGUAGACAAAAAUAUUUGUUUAAGGGUUAGAAGUUGUUGCACGAUUUAUUCAAGGAAAUAAACAGGGAUGAGGCUGCAGGCACUGCCAUGUUACUGUACAUAUUUUCUCUACCUGCAGAAUGUGAACAUCAGUUACACUGUCUGAUUGAAAAUGUUGUUGACUGCAUGUCAAUUAAAAAUAAAAAUUGAAAUAAAUGA